UGGGUGUACUGCCCGUUAGAAUACUUUUAAAAGAAAUUCAAACACAGGGCAUAAGAAAAUCAGACAAAAAUGGUUAAAGAAAACCUAGUCAACCGCUCUCAUAUGAACUAACAAUGGCUUUCUACGUUCAAAAUAUAAGCAGGCUGUUAUCACCAAGAACCCAAACCAAACAAUCACUUCAACUUCAGAUUUUGAACAUCACCUCCUCAUCGUCACCUUACCUUUCGAAGCUUUUCCACAAGCAUUUCGCCGCCAGUAAUUCACUAAAUGAUACUAUAGCAAAGCUCUCGGUAGAGAGUCCCGGCAAUGAUAUAUACGAGCACCCAAUAGAUCUAGAAGAAGAUAAAAACAGGUUAUGUAUAACAUAUCGAAUGACGGAUAUAUCAAAAAAGGACGUGAAGUUAUAUUUGGAUAAGAAUGAGAAUGGCCUUCAUAUCCAAGUAGACAAACCUGUCGAUCGGCAUUGCAGCGUGAAUUCUGCAAAGGUUGUUAAUUUGAUUCCUAGUGUUUAUAAGACUGACCAGAUCAAGGCUAAGAUGAAUUGUGGAGAUCUCAAAAUUUUCAUACCUAAGAUCAACGGCGAGGAGAAGCUUGAGGAGAAGCCUGGUGUAGUUCCAGUGUCUAUUGAUUAAUAGUCAACUUAGGACUAGUUCGGUUGAUUUUUCCGAUUUGAUUUGUACCGAAAUUGAACUUUUUUUUUGCACUCAAAACCAAACCAAACCAAACUGCAAAUCUGAAUUUGUUUGUAAUAUCAAACCAAACCAAAACAAAACAAAUUUUUC